AUGCCGCUCAUUCUCGACUCGCCUCCAUCCUCUCCCACUGUACCCGACGCCUUGGAGUCGCGCCGCCGAGUGCACCACGAAGCAGAUGUGGUCAUCAUUGGUGCUGGCAUCCUAGGGUGCGCACUCGCCGUCGCCUUCUCCGAUCAGGGCCGGAGCGUCAUUCUACUCGAGAAAUCACUCAAACAGCCUGAUCGCAUUGUAGGAGAGCUGCUGCAGCCUGGCGGAGUCGCUGCUUUGGAAGAGCUUGGAAUGGCCGACUGUCUCGAGGACAUUGACGCUAUCAAGGUCCUCGGCUACGAUGUCAUAUACCACGGCGACGAGGUUGCCAUCCCAUAUCCCGAAAAUGCUGCCGCCACCACAACCAAAUUGAAUGAAAAGGAGAAAAAGUCGAGACCAGAAGGACGCUCAUUCCACCACGGCCGGUUCAUCCAGAAACUUCGAGAGCGUGCCCUCAAGUGCUCCAACGUCACAGUCAUUGAGACCACGGCCACGGAUCUAGUGCGAAGUGGAUACAGCGGACAGGUCUUGGGGGUUGAGUGCUCCACUAGAGACCGCAAGGACUACUAUUUCGCCCAUCUGACCGUUGUCGCGGACGGCUAUGCUAGCAAAUUCCGUAAAGAGAUCAAUACUCGAGCUCCUGUGGUCAAGUCGAAGUUCUGGGGCCUCGAGUUGAUCGAUGCUGACCUGCCGAUGCCUAAUCACGGUCACGUUCUGAUCAGCGACAGUCCUCCAGUUCUGCUCUACCAGAUUGGUACACAUGAGACGCGUGCUCUCGUAGAUAUUCCCGAGAACCUGCCGUCUGCAUCCGUCAAGAAUGGAGGUGUGAAAAACCAUCUACGCAACGUCGUACUACCUUCGCUACCUGCACGGGUACGGCCAUCAUUUGAAGCCGCGCUUGACCGUGGUGCUUUGCGCUCUAUGCCCAACUCGUUUUUGCCUGCUUCCAAGAACAAACAUGCAGGUGUGAUACUGCUUGGAGACGCAAUGAACAUGCGUCACCCUUUGACAGGAGGUGGCAUGACUGUGGCAUUCAACGACGCCCUACUGCUGUCCAGGCUCCUUUCUCCUGAACAAGUACCGCGAUUCGAAGACACCAAAGCUGUAUUGGCUCAGCUAGAUGUGUUCCAUUGGAAAAGAAAGAAUUUGACGAGUGUCAUCAACAUUCUUGCGCAAGCGCUGUAUUCUCUCUUCGCUGCGAACGAUCCUCAACUUCGAGCACUUCAGCAGGGAUGCUUCCGUUACUUCCAGAGAGGAGGACAGUGCAUCGAUGGACCUGUCGGGCUACUGGCUGGUAUCAUCCGGCAACCGAUGGUCCUCUUUUACCAUUUCUUCGCGGUUGCUUUCCUCUCGAUCUGGGUCUACAUCACGUCUGGUAAUGCUUUGCUGAUGCCUUUUCGAGCAGUGGCGAGUGUUGGAGUGUUGUACAAGGCCUGCGUUGUGCUGUUCCCAUACAUCUUCAGCGAGCUGAGGAGCUGA